GUCGUCAACAUUACCAGCAGCAGAGGGAGAAGAGAAGAGAAGAGAAGAGAAGAGAAGAGAAGAGAAGAGAAGAGAAGAGAAGAGAAGAGAAGAGAAGAGAAGAGAAGAGAAGAGAAGAGAAGAGAAGAGAAGAGAAGAGAAGAGAAGAGAAGAGAAAGCGCUUGCCUGCUCACUCUUGCACUCCCUCCCUCCGUCCCCCAGCGAACGAGGGAGGGAGGGAGGGAGGAUGCCUUUCUUGGGCAAGGACUGGAGGUCACCAGGAUGGAGCUGGACCAAAACGGAACACGGCUGGAAGAGGAUCAUCUUCUACGGCCACGACAUGGACGACAUCCACCGGGAGAUUGAAUUCCCCUGCGGUGACGGAGACGAGGAGUUUGCGCAAGGCGUUUGCCAGUUGGCCAGCUUGAAGAAGAGAAAGGACUUGUACAACCACAAGACCAAGUCUCAGUUUGUUUUCAGGGACAAGUGGAUCUACGUGCAGAAAGACAGCACAAAAGAGCGUCACGGCUAUUGCACUCUGGGAGAGGCGCUGAACCGCCUGGACUUUUCCAGCGCCGUCCACGACUUAAGGAGGUUCAACUACGUGGCUAAGCUUUUCCAGCUGAUAGCCAGAUCCCAGCUGACCUGCCUGAGCGGGGCAGCCCAGAAGAACUACUUCAACAUUUUGGAGAAGAUCGUUCGAAAGGUGGUGGAGGAGCACUACAAUCCGCGGCUGGUCAAGGAGCUGCUGCAGGACCUGAGCGCCGCGCUGCGCAAGCUGACGCUGCACGUGGGCCGAUGCGUGCUGGUGGGCAACGUGGACGUCUGGCUCCGUCGACUAGACAACAUUCUUAGGUGGCAGCGGCAGCUCGAUGACUUGCACAUCCCCAAGCAAAUGUGCUCGGGCGUGUCCUUCAGCGACCUGCCGCUGUACACGCACAACAAGAUCCUGUACAACCUCUCGGACGCCUGCGACAUCAUCAACCUGGGACAGGCCACGCCCACGCUGCACGUGCUCAGCGAGGACCGCACGCUGUGGAAGCGGCUGUGCCAUUUCCACUUCUCGGACAAGCCGCACCUCUCUCGGCAUUCGCUCCUCACCAAGAACGACGGCGGCGUCGACUGGAAGCUGAUGUACUUCACCCUGCACAAGCGUUACCCCGUCAAGGAGCAGUACGGCGACACCUUGCACUUCUGCAGGCACUGCAGCGUCCUCUUCUGGAAGGACUGCGGCCACCCGUGCACGGCCAACGACCCCGACGGCUGCCUGCUGCCCAUCUCGCCGCAACACUUCAUCGACCUCUUUCGCUUCUAGACGAACCGCCCGGCCCCGCCCCGCCCCCCGCAGCGUCCCAAGCCGUGAGUGUACCAGAUCCAAACCUUGUUUACCCUUUGGGCUCAGAACGAGGCGCGCUUGAAUACGCGGAGACGGGAAACAAUCCAAGCGCUGUGUGUAAAUAUCCAUGUAGAAAGUGUCUUUUAGAGAGAGUUCAUAUUGACCCACGGCGGGCGAGGGGGGCGGCCAUGUUUUGUGCUUCAUAACGGAGCACCCGCGUCUGUUGACACUUAUUUUGUCAGUCAAAGAGUUGUCAAAGGCAAAUGUUAUUUAUGGCCGUCGUGGAACUUUUGUAUCCGUCUUGCAAUUUUUUUGUAAUCUUUCUGCGUCUUUCUGGGGACCAGCGUGACUAAAUGGAUGGAUGGAUGGAUGGAUGGAUGGAUGGAUGGAUGGAUGGAUGGAUGGAUGGCCGCCCACCCAUCUUCUUUCUUUAUUAAAGAAUUUAUUAUUCUGGCA